CUGCUAAAUACAUUUUUCAUAUUUGAUAGAAAUGAAUCUGGAACAGUCAGUUGGGCCUACCGUUGAUAAUCUAUUCAAUUCUCCUGUAUCUGAACCUGGUCCUACAAAAAUACCUUCUGUAAUUGGAACUAGAAAACCGAAUACUACACGGGUAAUUUCACCAUAAUACAUGAAUAUGAAUAACUUGUCUUAUUGUAAAUGCAGGCUAGUAAAAAUUGUAUUUUAAAACAAAAGUAUGCGAUAUCAAUCAGUUUAUUUACCUGAAUCUCCCGGUUGCUGAUUGAAUGAAAUUAAAAAUCGGUCUGUAACAAAAAUAAAUCUGCCAUAUAUUACUUCUAUAUUCAGUCCUCUUGUUCUCACGAGUUUUACUAGCAGCUUAUUGUCAUCCACUUUAUUUAAUCACGUAACAUUAACUUUUUUAUUGUACGCCUUGAUUACCAAGGUGUUUGGUGUACAACUCAAUAAAUGGAUGGUAAUAAAGAUAAAUCGUAUUGAAUUCUACUACUAGCCAAAACUAAAUAGUGUAUUAUCAAGAAUCCAGUCUCACUAUUUGCCUACCAAAUUUUCUUUCUCCACAGUUCAAAAGAGCUAGAAUUUCUGUAACAUUUAUUUAUCCUCUCAUGUCCUCAAUAUAACAAACAUUUAUGCAUCAAUUUUUAAAUUUAUAAGUUCCGUCUCAUUAUACUGUUUGUAUAACAUUUUGCAGUCAUGUCUAUAUUACUCCGAAACAGUAACGUUGAUUCUUUAAAGUUGGUCCUUUGACAUUUAUCAGAUUCAUACUUGGGUAUUAUUUAUUUAAAGUGCACUCAGAAGACAGUACUUAAAUCUACAAACUUAGUUUAUUCUAAUAACUUGGAUAUAUUAUUAACUACUUGUUCCGUUGUCGGCUUGAUUCAGGAUGGUACUCGUCACAGAUUGACCUCAAUUAGGGUACCGCGAAACCAUAAGAUUUUGUAUUUGACCCCGAGUGGGAUCGUAAGUGAACACUGACGGGGUUCCAUACUUCAACAGACGAACCCCUGAUUUCUAAUAGUGCUUCAACUGAGGUUAAUCUAUAACGAUUAAUACCUUCAGACUAAACUGAUUUCCACAAGACCCACUUAAAAUAAUGGAUUUCCCAACACCCUCUUGCUUGAACUAGUCAUAUCUGGACUUUUGUAGGCUGGACCUUAGUCGUUUUACCCUACAUCUUUCCCUAUCGUUUCACUUCCGUUCUAUCCAUUCAUUUUAAUAAUUCUUCGAGUUGCCUAGUUAAAUCCUAGCCCAUAACAUUUGGUGCACCCUCCACAAAUUUUAAACAUUUCCCAGAUAUGGACUAGUGGUUGAAUAUGUUUACCAACUGCUAACCUUAAUCCAUCUGUUUCAAGCCAGUGAGUUUUCAAAAACCCAGGAUGUGUAUUUGAUUAGCUUUCUUUUCGUUGUAGUUCAAAGCUUUGCAGUUACAAGUUAAUAUUUUAUAGAAAUCAUUGCCAUCAAUCAUCUACCAACCGUUCUUCAUUUAAAUAGGUUAUUGAAGACCUAUUAUAAACAUAAACUACACGGAAUUUCCUACGUAUCUCUGUUCUUUGUAAACAUGUUGCUAGUCGAACAUUUUCAACGAAUAGCCUGUUAAAACCAUUAUCAUCGUUAUCCAUUUUAGCUUUCAUGGGGUCAGUUCUCGCUUUAUUAACAGUUUCAGAAUACAAUGGAUUCCAUAUGUAAGGUGUUUGUUAAUUGUUGCGCUCAGAGAAAUUGUGAUCGAUUUUAAUUCUAUGAAAUUAGCAGUUCACCACCUCAUAGUUAAUAAUCUGAUUCAUAGUCCUGUGUAUCUUAAGAAUGUACUAACUGGUUAUCACGUGUUAACUAUUUAUGGUUAUACAAAGAUCAAGUAAAAGUAAUACUUGAAAGCUCCAAAGUCCUGUUCUAGUCAGUUGAUGUUUUGAAAAACUAAACAAACUGAGAAAAUGUUGCGUGAGUGAAUAUGUAGUAAUAUAUGCAACCACCGUCAUAAUAAUGACUCGAUAACUUAUAGUCACGACACUUCUUACUAAAGAUGUCUAUUCGAUAUGGGACGACAUUCCGAAUUAUUUGGGAUUGGUAAUAGACGGCUGAUUAAGGCAGUUAAAUAUAAAUAGACGAAACAGCUAGAUUGACCAAUGUUCAUACGUUCAUACUAAAUUAAGUGUGCUAUUCCUUCUGGGGUACUGUCUGCAGUCGCUCACAAGAUUUCUGCAUUAUGUGUUCCAUUCAACUGAUUGUUCAACAGUGGUUCGCAUUGCCGCAAUUUGGUCGACACAUGAUCUCCUUUGCCAAAACCAGCUCGUUAAUCUCGAAGUUCGGUGUCUUCUAAAUCUUACAUUCUGUUCAGCAGCAAUCUGCCAAAACGGCCUGAUACUGAGAGUAGUGUGCAUAAUCCUUCUGUAAUUCUCACACCUAAUUCAGUGAACGACUAUUUUAUUGUUUAAUGCGCAAUCACACAAUAGUUUAGCAGAAUGUGAAAAUCAUACAUCAAGUGCAUUAUUUGCACAUCUUCGAAUUGUCUCUUACAAACUUCAUUGUUUCUUAUCUCUUCUCUUCAUUUCGAUCUUCUCAACCUUCGUCUUGCAGCCACUCCACUUCCGAUUGUUGUUACGUACUACUUAUACCUGCAAACAUACGUAUCAUACACCACACUAAGAUCCCCUUAUUUUGGUAUCUUGACGAGGAAUACUUUUCAAUUUUUUAUUACUCGUUCUUCCCCACAAAUCCUUUUCAAGAGAACGUAGAACAUAUUUACAGUUGCCCCUUCAUCUAACAUUAGUGCUUCAACUGGUAUGCUGUUUGGUUCUACUACUCUGCCAAUAAUUGUUUGUCUGACGGCUUUGCUAUUGUUAGCGGGGUAUCAUCCAUAGGGAGAUAUGCGUAUGUUUCUUCCAAGUUCAGUGAUUUUGGCGGCGCGGGUCCGUUUAUAGGAUUUUCAAUGUGCUCUACUCACCAGUCCCACUAUUCUUGACCCUCGGUAAUUGGUUUGUUUUUCUUUGUUCCUGACUGAUCGCUCUGGUCCAUAUUUUCCUGCAAGCCUGUUGGCGGUAUAACAUAGUUCUCUUAUUUAUUAACACCCUAAGGGCCCUAUAUGCAAACACCUCAGGCAGAGUGAGGGCAUACAACCACCUCUCUCCAUUGUUCCAUUCGAGCAGUGGGGGUUACACAGGGUUGCCCAACCUCACCAUUCCUCUUCAACUUUACCAAGUAGACGAAUCGAUAUUAGAUAUUGGAAACGCCGCGUUAUUUCGAGGGCGCGUCACAUUAGUCCACGUAUAUUGUUUCGUGCUGUUGCGGGACGAAAUGGUCUCUGUAUCACCAACAAAACAUGAAAUAGUUACAAUUUUAAAUAAGCUUAAGUCUUUGCCGUGCAACAAGCAAUGCUUUGACUGUGGUGCCACAAAUCCAACAUGGGCUAGUGUUACCUACGGUGUUUUUCUUUGUAUUGACUGUUCGGCAGUCCACCGUUCACUUGGAGUCCAUCUAAGUUUCAUUCGAUCGACUCAGCUAGAUACUAACUGGACUUGGGUCCAGUUGCGCGCAAUGCAAGUUGGUGGCAAUCAAAAUGCGCUUACUUUCUUCUCCCAAAAUAAUUGUCGUUCCCUGGAUGCUCAGGAAAAAUACCAAAGUCGUGCUUCCCAACUGUACCGUGCUAAGCUGGAAAAACUUGCUAUUGACGCUGUUAAAACCCAUGGUAACAAGUUGACUCUGGAACUUGACGAAGGAAAAUUCAAACGUGAUCAGGUGGCUGACUUUUUUGAGGAACAUACUGAAAGUGGUACGACUGACAUUAGAAAUGAUGAACCUGUGAUAGUAACAACAAAAAUGAAUCUGGAACAGUCAGUUGGGCCUACCGUUGAUAAUCUAUUCAAUUCUCCUGUAUCUGAACCUGGUCCUACAAAAAUACCUUCUGUAAUUGGAACUAGAAAACCGAAUACUACACGGGCUAGUAAAAAUUGUAUUUUAAAACAAAAGUAUGCGAUAUCAAUCAGUUUAUUUACCUGAAUCUCCCGGUUGCUGAUUGAAUGAAAUUAAAAAUCGGUCUGUAACAAAAAUAAAUCUGCCAUAUAUUACUUCUAUAUUCAGUCCUCUUGUUCUCACGAGUUUUACUAGCAGCUUAUUGUCAUCCACUUUAUUUAAUCACGUAACAUUAACUUUUUUAUUGUACGCCUUGAUUACCAAGGUGUUUGGUGUACAACUCAAUAAAUGGAUGGUAAUAAAGAUAAAUCGUAUUGAAUUCUACUACUAGCCAAAACUAAAUAGUGUAUUAUCAAGAAUCCAGUCUCACUAUUUGCCUACCAAAUUUUCUUUCUCCACAGUUCAAAAGAGCUAGAAUUUCUGUAACAUUUAUUUAUCCUCUCAUGUCCUCAAUAUAACAAACAUUUAUGCAUCAAUUUUUAAAUUUAUAAGUUCCGUCUCAUUAUACUGUUUGUAUAACAUUUUGCAGUCAUGUCUAUAUUACUCCGAAACAGUAACGUUGAUUCUUUAAAGUUGGUCCUUUGACAUUUAUCAGAUUCAUACUUGGGUAUUAUUUAUUUAAAGUGCACUCAGAAGACAGUACUUAAAUCUACAAACUUAGUUUAUUCUAAUAACUUGGAUAUAUUAUUAACUACUUGUUCCGUUGUCGGCUUGAUUCAGGAUGGUACUCGUCACAGAUUGACCUCAAUUAGGGUACCGCGAAACCAUAAGAUUUUGUAUUUGACCUCGAGUGGGAUCGUAAGUGAACACUGACGGGGUUCCAUACUUCAACAGACGAACCCCUGAUUUCUAAUAGUGCUUCAACUGAGGUUAAUCUAUAACGAUUAAUACCUUCAGACUAAACUGAUUUCCACAAGACCCACUUAAAAUAAUGGAUUUCCCAACACCCUCUUGCUUGAACUAGUCAUAUCUGGACUUUUGUAGGCUGGACCUUAGUCGUUUUACCCUACAUCUUUCCCUAUCGUUUCACUUCCGUUCUAUCCAUUCAUUUUAAUAAUUCUUCGAGUUGCCUAGUUAAAUCCUAGCCCAUAACAUUUGGUGCACCCUCCACAAAUUUUAAACAUUUCCCAGAUAUGGACUAGUGGUUGAAUAUGUUUACCAACUGCUAACCUUAAUCCAUCUGUUUCAAGCCAGUGAGUUUUCAAAAACCCAGGAUGUGUAUUUGAUUAGCUUUCUUUUCGUUGUAGUUCAAAGCUUUGCAGUUACAAGUUAAUAUUUUAUAGAAAUCAUUGCCAUCAAUCAUCUACCAACCGUUCUUCAUUUAAAUAGGUUAUUGAAGACCUAUUAUAAACAUAAACUACACGGAAUUUCCUACGUAUCUCUGUUCUUUGUAAACAUGUUUCUAGUCGAACAUUUUCAACGAAUAGCCUGUUAAAACCAUUAUCAUCGUUAUCCAUUUUAGCUUUCAUGGGGUCAGUUCUCGCUUUAUUAACAGUUUCAGAAUACAAUGGAUUCCAUAUGUAAGGUGUUUGUUAAUUGUUGCGCUCAGAGAAAUUGUGAUCGAUUUUAAUUCUAUGAAAUUAGCAGUUCACCACCUCAUAGUUAAUAAUCUGAUUCAUAGUCCUGUGUAUCUUAAGAAUGUACUAACUGGUUAUCACGUGUUAACUAUUUAUGGUUAUACAAAGAUCAAGUAAAAGUAAUACUUGAAAGCUCCAAAGUCCUGUUCUAGUCAGUUGAUGUUUUGAAAAACUAAACAAACUGAGAAAAUGUUGCGUGAGUGAAUAUGUAGUAAUAUAUGCAACCACCGUCAUAAUAAUGACUCGAUAACUUAUAGUCACGACACUUCUUACUAAAGAUGUCUAUUCGAUAUGGGACGACAUUCCGAAUUAUUUGGGAUUGGUAAUAGACGGCUGAUUAAGGCAGUUAAAUAUAAAUAGACGAAACAGCUAGAUUGACCAAUGUUCAUACGUUCAUACUAAAUUAAGUGUGCUAUUCCUUCUGGGGUACUGUCUGCAGUCGCUCACAAGAUUUCUGCAUUAUGUGUUCCAUUCAACUGAUUGUUCAACAGUGGUUCGCAUUGCCGCAAUUUGGUCGACACAUGAUCUCCUCUUGCCAAAACCAGCUCGUUAAUCUCGAAGUUCGGUGUCUUCUAAAUCUUACAUUCUGUUCAGCAGCAAUCUGCCAAAACGGCCUGAUACUGAGAGUAGUGUGCAUAAUCCUUCUGUAAUUCUCACACCUAAUUCAGUGAACGACUAUUUUAUUGUUUAAUGCGCAAUCACACAAUAGUUUAGCAGAAUGUGAAAAUCAUACAUCAAGUGCAUUAUUUGCACAUCUUCGAAUUGUCUCUUACAAACUUCAUUGUUUCUUAUCUCUUCUCUUCAUUUCGAUCUUCUCAACCUUCGUCUUGCAGCCACUCCACUUCCGAUUGUUGUUACGUACUACUUAUACCUGCAAACAUACGUAUCAUACACCACACUAAGAUCCCCUUAUUUUGGUAUCUUGACGAGGAAUACUUUUCAAUUUUUUAUUACUCGUUCUUCCCCCACAAAUCCUUUUCAAGAGAACGUAGAACAUAUUUACAGUUGCCCCUUCAUCUAACAUUAGUGCUUCAACUGGUAUGCUGUUUGGUUCUACUACUCUGCCAAUAAUUGUUUGUCUGACGGCUUUGCUAUUGUUAGCGGGGUAUCAUCCAUAGGGAGAUAUGCGUAUGUUUCUUCCAAGUUCAGUGAUUUUGGCGGCGCGGGUCCGUUUAUAGGAUUUUCAAUGUGCUCUACUCACCAGUCCCACUAUUCUUGACCCUCGGUAAUUGGUUUGUUUUUCUUUGUUCCUGACUGAUCGCUCUGGUCCAUAUUUUCCUGCAAGCCUGUUGGCGGUAUAACAUAGUUCUCUUAUUUAUUAACACCCUAAGGGCCCUAUAUGCAAACACCUCAGGCAGAGUGAGGGCAUACAACCACCUCUCUCCAUUGUUCCAUUCGAGCAGUGGGGGUUACACAGGGUUGCCCAACCUCACCAUUCCUCUUCAACUUUGUCAUCGAUGACAUUCUGGAAACAGCUCUGAUGGAUGUAAGUAAUGGUGGUGUGGAUCUGUUGCCUGGAGAGAGACUCCUUGACCUUGAGUAUGCGGAUGAUAUUUUGUUACUGUGCGAUAAUGCCCAAGCCAUGCAAUCUGCAUUUAAUCCGUUGGCAAUCAGUGUCCGUAGGUAUGGUAUGUGAUUUGCACCUUUGAAGACUGACAGGAUUCUAAUCCUGUACUAACCCUGGAUGGUGAGCAGAUAGAAGUAGUCGAGAAGUUCGUGUAUCUAGGUAGCUGCAUAAGUGCUGGUGGUGGCGUGAGUGAUGAGAUCAAUGCACGUACAGUGAAAACCAGAGCAGUUUAUGCCAAUCUGGGCCAUCUUUGGCGCCUUCGUGAUGUUAGUCUGACUGUAAAUGGUCGGAUAUACAAUAGCGUCGGUGAGAGCAGUUCUGCUCUAUGCUUGUGAAACCUGGCCCCUCGGAGUUGAGAAUGUUAUACGACUCUGUGUUUGAUCAUCGUUGUCUCUGAAGGAUUGCUGACAUCCAGUGGCAACACCAUGUUAGAAAUACAGAGGUUCGGCAUCGUAUGUUCGGGGACAGAGAUGAUUAUGCAAUUGGUGUCACCAUUUUGAAACAUCGACUUCGGUGGCUUGCAUAUGUUCUACGAAUGUCGUCCCAGAGAACUCCACGUCGCGCAUUAUUUGCCGACGCUGGGACUGGUUGGAAAAAGCGGAGAGGUGGUCAGUGUAUGACAUGGUGUCGUGGUAUGAAAGAAAGCUCCAAAGGGCUGGCUUCUGUUGGUCCUCCAUGACUCCCUGGCUGGGGUCCGAGAGAUGGUGCAGCACAGUGACUAGAGACGUUAUCAGAUAUGGCUCAGAAUAGAAGCCAGUGGCGAUCCUGCUGCAACCUUCCUUUACUUUUUUUCAUAAAAAAAUGGUUGUUUCUUUCUUAACUGAAAGAUUUUUUAUGAUUGUACCUUUCCGUUUCCCCCAUCAUUACUAUUAUUAUUUUUUUUAUUACUAUUACACUACCUUACACUAAUCUGUUCAUUAUUGUUCUUUUUCUCUCUCUUCGAAUUCUGAUUGUUUUGUGUGGCGCGUAUAUAUUUGGUGCCCUCUUGUACCAAUAUUUAUGUGUUCAAAUAAAUAAAAAUAAAUAAUUCCAAAACCCGAAUACUGUCUCCAUCAGUUCAAUUAAUGUUCUUGAUGUACUGCUCUCCUUUACUUCGAAUUAAUCACAACCUAUUAAACCGCACACAAUGGAGUUCGAAAUCAAUAUAGCAUUCCUGUUGUUGAGGGUUAUCAGCCUACCGGAGGGUAGCUGAAUUGGCGGUUGCAUUCCGCGACUUAUCACGUCUCCCAGUUCACGCAUGCUUGUAAGAUAUGGACAUAUAUGUGAAGAUAUGGUUGAUCUGAGCCAUGUUGAGGGAUGCAGACUUCCAGAUAGGGCCGAACAUAAUACCUAAAAUCAAUUAUUUAAGUGAUUGUAUGGAAUUCCACAUGGAUUUCCUGUAGACAGAUCUUUUUAAGGUACCGUCUUGCUUUCUUGUCAUUAUCACAUCAAGGAAGUGAAUAUUUUGUUUGUUUUCAACCUCUAAUGUGGAUUUUAUUGAGGGGUGGGAAUUAUUAGAUAUCUUCAUAUUUGUUUUCACAAACGAUAAAGAUAUCAUUUAUGUAUCUUUUAUACAAGUGAAGCUUUUCUGUAGUCGCUUCCAGUUGAUUGUUUUCUAAACUGGCCAUGAAACAAUCUGUAAGUAACAGACCCAGAGGGGAUCCCAUUGCCAUACCGUCCUUCUGUCUAUAAAUAUUAUUAUUAUUAUUCUCCAGCCGACCAAUGUUCACCAAUAAUCUGAAAGAUAAAUUAUCACAUCCGACCAACUCAAUGUGCGUUUACCAAUUUACCUGCUCUUGUAGAGCUAGGUAUAUAGGUCGUUCGAUGCGUACUUUAUCCAAAAGAAUUCAAGAACAUUAUCCGGCGUGGCUAAAAAGAGGAGACAACGGUUCAAUAAGAAGUUCUAUAAUCGAACACCUUGUGAACACAGGUCACUCAAUCAAGACAGACUCUGCCUUCAAAGUCAUCUACAAGGUGAGUAGAAGUCUUCCUAAGACAAUCAUACUGCAUCUUCUCUGCAUUGCCGAAGCAAUAACCAUACAUCUGGAAAAACCAGAAUUGUGUGUUACAACCUCUUCUUCUAUCAUGGUCUUAAUGUAUUAAAAUUUUCUCUUUCUCCAUACUCUUGUUCCUUUACAGCCAUCGGCUUCACCUUCCAUCUUACCUUUAGAUCUUCUACUCCCAACUGGUUUGUUUUUAUUUCGACGAUCAUUCCGAUUACAUUUCAUCUCUGUUUCAACAUUUUAUUUUAUCAUGCUGAGCCAUCCUUUCCCACUGAUAAUUUCCCUAUCUAUCUUUUGAUGAAUACUUAAGCCAAUAACAAUCAAAUGAUUAUUAAACUUUCCUUGUUUUAAAAAGUUUUUUUAUUUUUAUUUUUUAAUACCUUUGUUUAUUUAACCUCACUGUCACCAUGUAUAACAGAAGUUUAUUAUCAGUAUUAAUAUCAUCCUGUAAAAGUAGUUAUAUAUAUUUGCGAUUGUACAGCUCUGAAAAUGAAUUUGCCGAAAGGAGAACUCUUCGCUGAACUAAUCUUUCUUAUUUAGCAUAUUCACCAACAUAAACACGUUACUAUAUUUACAAUACACAAAAUGAAGAUGUAUCGUUUAACUCCAAUGCUUUUUGCGGUAAGAUUGUGUAAAGACUUUCUAAUAAUGAAGUUUAUAUGUCUGACCUCAAAUGCUCUGGCACGGCCGAGAGUGGGGAGAGUCCGUCCAGCCUCUCGGAAUGCUCUCACAUUGCCACGCGUAUAUAGCCUCUUCCAGGGAAGUCCUGCUCACUGCCUUCUCGUGGCGGGGGUGUUUACGAAAAUGAGAAGACGAAAAGCGAAUGUCCGGCGCUUUCACCGGGUUGGUGGACAUGGGUAGUCCAUCUAGGUGAGUUGGAAAACCUUGAUUCCAAACCAGUGAUGCACAUGGGCUCCAAGAUGCUGAAGGAAAAAAUGGCGUAUCGAUCAAUCGUUGGUCACCGGCUAUCAUGGGACUGCAUCUCCUUACGAUGCUCCACUGCCUUGUGGAUCAGACCUUUAGGUCAAAGGCUCGGGGUGUGGCCUCCUAGGAAAACCACCUGCUUCGGUUUAGGCACCCGAGAAGUAUCACAGCCCUCACACAAAUCAAAUGAGAUUUGUGCGGCGCAUAUGUAUUUGGUGCCUCCUUGUACCAAUAUCCAUAUGUUCAAAUAACAAUAAUUAUUAUUAUAUGUCUUUCACACAAAUUUUUUCAAUUGUAUUUCCUCAUAUUUCAUACGUUUCUGAACGGAUUAUAUCCCUUUUCUUCUGUAAAUUCAAAUGUUUCGUUCAGUCUAGUGCUAAAAAAGGUGGAUUGGGGGCAUCAAAGGUGAAAGCUGAUUUCUCUGCCAUCGUUUCGGCUGCCGAACGUGCUGAUAUUGAAAAAAAAUGUCAGAUUCGUUCAACUGACCAGGAUUUAGAAGAUAAGGAAAAACAUAAUGAAGAACGACUUGCGUCCAUUCGGUUAGCGUAUAAAGAUAUUACCGAUGGAUGUGAAAGGCAAGACACUGCCAACUUGAAGUCUACAGACUCUCAACGUGCCAAACAAGCUGAACGCCUUGGUAUGGGUAAAAUAGGUACAGGCAACAGGUAAGUAAGUUCGUAAGUUCUGAAUCGCUUUGCGAACUGCAAAUAUAUCAACUGAAUUAUAGCGUAUUUCUUUCUCUUUCCUCUACUUCCAGCUAAUAUAAAUUCCGGUCUCAGUAUUUUAUGGAAUUUGAUACAAGAUUAGUUUAACCGUUGUUACUUUUCAGUAGUUGAGAUCAUGAGUCAACUGAAGCUAGACCACCAUGGAAAACCUGGAAGCACUGAACGGCCGUUUCGUCCCAUUGCGGAACUCCUCAGUAGUGCUCAUCCACGAUCCCGCCUCGCGAGAUUAGAACCAUGAACCUAUCGGUCUCGUGCGCGAACACUCAACCUCUAGACCACCGAUCCGGCGUCGUGAGGCAGCAUCGUAGAUGCACGCUACUGAGAAGUCCCACAAUCGGACGGAACCGCUGUCCAAUGCUUCCAGGUUUUCCACGGUGGUCUAGCUUCAAUUGACCCAUUGUAGUGAACAAGAACACCAGUGGGAACAAUCGAAUAUAUUUGAGCACAAAAUUACAGAGAAUCUCAAUAAAAUCUGAGAACCAUAUAGUAAAUCGUUAACUUGCAAAAUAUCAAUCCAUCAUAUCAAACUUGACUGUUCCUGUCGCAAACAUCAAUCCAUUGUCUCAGAUAUCAUUGUUCAUGCGUUUUCAUACCAAUUGCGUUCCGUUCCCGUUCUUUCCUCAUCGACCUUCUACUGAAAUACAUUCUAUGCCCGACCACCGUUAUAUAUUACUUGUGUCGAUAUAAGUAACCCACACCACACCAUGAUAUCAACUACUGAGAUUACUAUAAUAUCCACAAAAAAUCCUUCUGAUACUAAUUAUCACUUUCUAAAUCAUUUAUCAACCUUGUUUUCUACUAUCAUUCACACUUAGUUAAUUACGCUGUUACCCCUCGUGUAGCAGCAUAGGCUACCCACCAGCAAUCUCGAUUCAACCAUGUACUUGGCAAUACUUUCCAGUUGCUAUUCAUCCUUUUCAUGCCUGCCUCCAAUUCCCGACGCACUGUGUCAUUCGGCCUUCCCCUUUUCCGUUUCCCUUCAGUAUUCUAAGUGUGUAUGUGUCCUAUUCAGUUCCAGCAUCUUGUCCUGAUUUCCUCUUCAUCUGAAACUGGUUCGUCCUCUCCCACAGUAGGCUGUUGCUGCUGGUAUCCGGCCAACAGAUAUUGAGUAUCUUGCGUAUACAAUUGUUUAUAAAUACUUGUAACUUCUUAAUGAUGGUUGUGGUAGUUCUCCAAGUUUCAGCUCCGUACAGUAAAACUCUCUUGACGUUCGUGUUGAAGAUUCUGACUUUGAUGUUGGUUGGCAAUUGUUUUGAGUUCCAUAUGUUCUUCAAUUGUAGGAGUGCGGUCCUUGCUUUGCCAAUCCUCGCAUUUACGUCUGUGUUGGAUCCUCCUUGUUCAUCAAUGAUACUUCCCAGGUACGUGAAGGAUUCUAUAUCUUUCAGAGCUUCUCCAUCAAGUGUGGUUGGGUUGGUGUUCUCUGUGUUGUAUUUGAGGAUCUUGCUGUUUCCCUUGUGUAUAUUGAGGCAUACUGCUUCAGAGGCUGUUGCUACACUAGUUGCCUUCAUCUGCGCUGGUUCGUGUGUAUGGGAUAAAAGGGCCAGGCUAUUUGCGAAGUCCAAAUUUUCUAAUUGAUCAUGAGCUGUUUAUUGUAUUCCGAGCUCUCCCUCAGAUGUGGAGGUCUUCAUAAUCCAGUCGACCACCGGAAGAAAGAGGAAGGGAGAGAGUAAGUAGUGUUGUCUGACACCGAUCUUUACUUAGAAUGCAUCUGUUAGCUAUCCUUCAUACACCACUUUGCAGUGUAUGAAUUCCAUGUGGUGUUGACGAUUUUCCCAGGUACACCAUAGCGUCGAAGAAGGUUCCAUAAGGUUCUCCUAUUCACUCUGUCAAAUACCUUCUCAUAGUCAAGGAAGUUAGUUUAUAGUAACGACUUUCAUUCCAUUGAUUGAUCAACAAUGACCUGUAGUGUCACGAUUUGGUCUGCUCAUGAUCGAUCUUUACGGAAUCCGGACUGUUGAUCUCGAAGCUGAGUGUUCACUGAAUCCCUCUUCCGGAUCAAAAUCACUGUUGAAAACUUUUCCCGGUACCGAUAGUUUUGUGAUGCAUCUGUAGGUCUCAAAUGCUGUAGUUUACCAAAUUGAUGAUAAACAUAUCAAGAUAAAUCAAAUGGUUUAAAUGAUUUUGGACAGUAUACAAGAGGCUUACGUUCUGUCCUUGAAUCUCGGUGAUUGGCUUUCCUUUGUCCUUGAUUGGUCUCUCUGUUUUACUAUAUUUCCCUGCUAGUUUCUUCAUCGUGUCAUAUUGUUGUUCCAUAUUUCCUCCUCCUGCAGCUUUAUCUGCCGUCGUUGUUAGCUCUUCCAUAUAUUUGUACUUGUCAGCUCUAAUGCUUCUCUUCACUUGCUUGUUUGGUUCUAUGUAUUCGGCGCGUACCUUGACUUUCUCUGCUCUUGUUCGGCUGUUGUUAAUUGUUUUAUUCUUGUUCUUACUUUCUUGAAUCUCAUUUAGGUUUCUGAUAGAGACCCAUUCCUUAUGAUGGUGCUUGUUGCUGCCCAGAACCUCCUGACAGGUUGAAGUUAGUGCUUCUUUAAGCCUUUUCCACUUAUCCUGCUUAGUAAUUUCUUGUUUGAGUAGAUUUUGUAAAGCUUGUAACCUGUUAAAAGUUAUCUUGAAUCGGUUGAGUUUUUCAGUAUUUCAAGGGAAGAUUGCAUUAAACCUUUGUAAUGCUGUUUCCCGAGUUGUCCAUUGCAUCUUUAGCUUCAAUUUCAUCUUGGCCACAGCCACGUGGUGAUCCGAAGCUAUGUCAACUCCUCUCCUGGUUCUCACGUCUUCGAUUGUCCGUCUGAAUUUUUCAUUGAUACCAGUAUGAUCUAUCUGGUUCUCCGUGGUGUGAUUCGGUGGGACCCAUGUAGCUCGGUGUAUAUGUUUGUGUGAGAAUAUUGUGCCGCCUAUAACCAAUUUUUCGAAUACACAUAGGUUUGAAAAUCUCUCGUUAUUCUCGUUCUUUUCUCCUAGUCCAUGUUGUCCCAUGAUAUCUUCACACCCGAUGUUGUCCAUUCCGACUUUUGCGUUUGGUUUCCCAUCAGGAUGGUAAGGUCCUAUCUUGGUCACUUCGCUAUGAUUGACUGCAGCCUCUCAUAGAACGGAUCUUUAUUGUCGUCUUCGCUAUCAUUGGUGGAUUCAUAACAUUGGAUAACACUCAUCGCGAUUUCCUCCUUCUCUAUUUUGAAGGAUGCUUUGAUGAUCCUGGAUCCGUGAGAUUCCCAUCCUAUGAGUGCAUUACGUGCUUCUUUGAACAGCAUCAGAGCAACUUCCUGAGUGUGUGGAGCAUUUCCCUCCUUGUGACCGGAGUACAGGAGCAUCUCUCCCGUAACUAGCCUUUGUUGUCCAGAUUGCGUCCAAUGGGUUUAGCUGAUUCCGAGUACUGCCAAGUUGUAUCUCAUUUCCGUUGCCAUUUUUCUGGUCCUCCCGGUCUUCCACAUUGUUUGGAUGUUCCAUGUACCUAUAGAAAAUAUUGUUCUGGUUGUUAAAAGGGGCAUCGAUCUCUUGACUUCGCAAGAAUCUCGGCUUUCAUUCUGAGACGUCUUAAUUUCUCCUUGAACUCGGAGGUCAGAGUUUAAUCUGGUUCGCGCUGUUUAGCAAGGUUUUGUUCUGCAGGAUAUGGUUGCUGACCCCAUGCCCAACCCCGUCCUUUACCUGGGCUUGGGACCUGCAGUAACUCUAGAAAAGCUACAAGCAGAGUUACAUGCAUUCGAAGCAUAGUGCUAAUAAAAGUCCUGAGACAUAUAUAUAUAUAUGCAAUGGUUUGUCUUUUAUUGAUAACUUAAGAAGAUAUGAGGUGCAUAUUUAUAUUUAAAAUUAUGUGUAUAGUGCUAUUCAUAUCAAGAAAAUUUUAGAAAUAGAUUAAAUCCUGAAUAAAAAAUAUAUAUAACUAUUUAAGAGUUGUUAAAGACUAUAUUCUACAUGGUUCAUUAACUAUUUUUUAAUUAUUUGCACAGAGUUACUGACAAUUCGAAUAAAUUUUCCUUGCGUUUAAAUGUACCAUAUGAUUUCAUUUAAGAAAAUUCAGACUAGGUAAUUUUGAAAUUAUUACGCAUUGUUUACUUUUCUUGUUUCUAAACGUCUUGACAACACUUAUGAUGUGGUUGUAUUUGAUCAUUUCACCGAUAGUUAAGUAGUUUCCGUCAAUGUCGCAACUGUACAUUAGUGUGUGAUAAUGAAAAUACUUCUUAAAUUAUCAAAACAACAAUUUGAUCCCUUCACUUGAACGAGUAUCCACUAAUCUAUAUAUCCAUUUUUUUGUAGAGAAAUAUCGCACUCAGCAUUUGCAAAUAUUCAAAAAAUAGAGCAAGAAAACUCGGCUCCCACCCACACUUCAUCGCUAAGUUCAAAUUUGGACCCUUUCUUCAUUUCAAGUUACAGUAAUAGAGACCGUGAUACACGCAAUUUUUUCGAUUCUGGAGAUGAUAAUUUAUUCGGUUUGUGACACUUUUGGUUUUUGCCAUUAGGUUUUUAUACUAUUCUGUGGUAAAUAUCAGAAGUUCAGUAAUGGUGAUUAAUUAAAAACUGUAUUUGAUAGUUUUAUACAAUUUUAGCGUUAUGUAAUACACAUAUAAAAGUAGCUGAAGUUUUGGCCAUAUAUACUUCCUAGACUAUUUGCAUUUACUGUUAUUAUGGUGCCCCUCAGACCAACUUAUAGCUAGUGGUUCUGAUUGUAGUGCAUUUUUUUAAAUGAACAAACUGUUACCUUCACAUUCUUAUUAUGUAAGUUUCUCUUUCCACUAAGGUUUGUUAAUAUUUGAUUUUCUCACGUAAUGCCGUGUUAUUUACUUCCUAAAGGAGGCUCUGCGACGUAUGGUAUGAAUGGCGGAUGGUCAAAAAAUAAAUCAAGGGACAAUGACUGGGAUGGGCAUUUUUCAGAUCCUUUUAAUCAAAAGCCAAACAGAACACGUGAUUUGUCUACUGUUGCUGAUGAAUUUCCAACUAAAUCACCCAGCAAACAGCCUACAUCUCUUUCGUCUAAACAAUCAGAAACUAAUCCAGAUCUAAGUGAAUUAAUGAAGAAGUUUGCCAAUGCGACUUCUAUAUCGUCGGAUGCGUUUUUUGACCGAAAUGAUGUUCUAUAUAUGUGCGAUAUCUAUUUAUUCACUUGUUUUUCACUUAUACUAGUCUGAAUCUGAUGGGCUCUCAAGAUUUCAUGGGAGUUCAUCUAUUUCGAGUGAUGAUUAUUUUGGUUAUCCUAAAGUGCGACAGUCUCAGGUAUCUAAUGAAUUACAAAAUAUCAAAGAUGGUGUCAAGCAAAGUGUAACUAAAGUUGCUGGACGGCUGUCAAAUUUGGCAACUGACGUAGUACACACUCUUCAAGAUCGAUUCGGUUAGUUGCUUCCAGCUUUUUUAAUGCUUUCAGUCAGCUUGUGGGCCUUUCAGUCAAUAUUCUGGUUUAGAUGCCAAUCUUCUCUUCGUUUUCGGCCACGAUCGGGGUUCAGGACAUUCCUUUUUUCCGGUUAUCUAUUAUUAAAGCUUUUGUUAUUUUUUGUUUUAUUCAUCUCUCCAGAGAUAAUAAGUUAGUUAAUCCUAGUUGACUGUAAGAGCCAUUUUGUUUGGUGGAUGAUAUAAAUUGAAGUUUUGUAAAACAUAUUUUUGGUUGUAAACACCAAGUAAACCAUAGUUUCUGGGGUGAUUGUUGUCUUGAAAUGCCUCCUAUUAUUGACGGAAAUUAUUAUAACGUGAUUGCUUUAUUCAUGUGAAUCGCUUUCCUUUUCGUACGUAUCGAAUAAUCUAUACACCAAUGUUUCUAGCAUGAUUAUCGCAACAUCUGUGGGUAGGAGAAACAUAAAGAAAUUGACGGAUUAAUAUUGAUAUAUUUGACCUUAUUAUUGACACUUUCAUAACACAUAUUGAUAUGAGUAAUGUUUCGUCCUGGUAUAUGACUCGAGUGCGUGUCUACAAUCCUACCAAGGAUCAAAUCUAGAAAAUAAAAAAUUCAGUAGCAUAUAUCAUUAGUUAAAGAUAUGUCCUCCAAUGGUAAUCUUGACAAACUGAGAAGUCUUUGUGUUUAAUAAAGAACGUUCGUGUGCAGAGCGGUGAAAAUUGUCCGGAAGAUUUUGUGAUGUUCUACGUUUCUUUCAGUCCUAUAGGACUGAUAUUUUGUUGAUCAUAAAUAUUGGCUAUCUACAUGCAAGUUCUAUGAAAUGUGUCAGAGGAACUACUCAUCUGUUGAGUAUACAAAUGUCAUUACUAAGCUCGUAUUGAUGAAUUAUUACUGUGCUGAAGGUCCUCACGAAACUGGAUGUAAUCCAAAAUAUUUAAUGGGGGAGAGGUAGCAACAUGAGCAUUGUCAACAUUUAGGGACAAAUGCUUAAAUGUAAAAACGAUGUUAUGGGUUUCACAGAUCAUGUGAUUCGUAACUAAUGUUAUUUCACUUGUAGGUAUCAUUACCAAGGUUUGACCUGAUAAUUUCGAAUAAAUUGAGUAUUAGGUACUUUGUUAUAAAUAAAUUAAUAUUUUUAGUGUCCCAAUGAGAAGAAAAAUUAGAUUUUCUGACAUUUCCUGACUCAGUGUAAGCCAAAUAUAUUAAUUUAUAAUAUUAUUGCACUGUUUGGCUGAUUAUGACUUCUUUUGAUCUUACGGUCUUAGGUCUUCCUUUUUUAUUGUGAAACUAGACUUACGGUUUUGUACAUAUGAUAGCUAAGCCGUUGCACCGAUAAUUUCUACCUUGGAUUAGACCAUAUAUCAUGAAUUAGAAAACACAUUUAAGGCGGUGGUAAAAAAAGUUACCUGUUUUCAGUUAACGAACUAACCCUAACCAUUCCUGUCAGAUAAUUCGAACGAUAUUUGGAGGAUUACAGCACUUUUACACCAUGAUAAUCGCUAAACACCAUCAUCGGGUACUACUAAUACAAGGUACAUGUUCUGACUGUUUUAUUCACGAAAUAGUGCUCCCAACUGAACUACAACUUUUGAUCCAAUUCGUUUCGUUAACGAACUCAUCAAAUAUGAUAGUUUAAAUAUAACCGUUUUGCUGCUAUUUAUUGUGAUUGAAUGAUAAUUUUUUUAAUAUUACUUGAUUAAAGGUACGUAUUGUAGCCUUGAAUUGUUCACUUGAAAACCUGGAAGUACUAGACGGCCGUUUCGUCCUAGUAUGAUCGCGCAAGAUCAUGGACCGACUCAAGCUAGACAAUAAUACCGCUGGAUGCGUGCUCAUUGUUCUAGAGGUUACGCGGGAUCGUGGAUCCGCUCUGCUGAUGAGUCCCAUACUUGGACGAGACGGCCGUCCAGGUUUUCAGUGGUGGUCUAACAUUGAUCGGUUCAUGAUCUCAAUGAAAAUAUAGCUCACAUUGUAAGCUCUAGCUUCACCUUGUAUACCCUUAAGUUCAUGGGAGUUUUAUUAUUUAUUUGAUUAGACACAUUCUCUUAAACCUGUAAAGAUAAUAGAAAGAACUAGCUUAACGCUGAAACAAUUCAUUACUUAUAAAUAAAUUAGUACAGCUUUAUUUAGAACGGAUUGAGUGAUUUUUCAAUAGAAUGUUAUCUUUCUACUUAUUGGGCUUGCAUAAAUAUUGCUUCUUCUUUUAUGAUUGGUACAGUUUUUCAAAUGGUAACCAGAAUUUUCGGCAUAAAGCUGUCAUUGAUACAAAGGUAUCGUUUUUAGAAUUCUUAUUUGUAAAUAAAAGAAUUUCUUUCGAUCGGCCAUGUAAGCUCUGAAACGAAAGAGAAACACGUCGACUUUUAUAAUUGUAUACUAACGAUCAUUGACUACAUAAAACUACCUGACAAGUUUGGGAGCUUUGAUGUGAAUGGUUUCCUUUUGUAAUAUUUCGUCCAGUCAUACUCUGUCAAUGUUGUUGACAUGGAAAUCUAGGUCUUAUUGUUAGCUGAAUGAAAAGCCUCUAAUCCCUCAAAUAAUAUCGUAGAAUAUGCUUCGGGAAAUUCGCCUAAUAUAUAUGAUCUUCGAAGUAUAUUAUCUUGAAGUAGUUUUAUCAUAAAAUAUAUUUCAUCUUGUAUUAAUACGUCGCUUUAAAAUUAUCUUCUGAACCUUUUGGGAACAAGAAUGACUAACUGAUAUUCCUGAGGAGUUUUGCUUCAUUUUUUCCUUGGUGAUGUGUGCUUCCAUUCAUCUGCACCGUUUCUCAUAUAGUUCUACUUCCGUAAAGUCUUAUUACAAUUGAUAGACUUAAGCGUUACUUUCAAAUCUUUUACUAAACACAGAAAACCGGGAUAUGUUAGUGUAACCGACUACACAUUCGUUAUUAGAUCAAAUAUCUCACCAGAUAAGGACUAAAUGGGAAAUAUUGAUGGUGAUGGUUAUAAACUGAACCACUUCUCUCAAAAGUCGGUUCCAGAUUAUCUGCAGAUGUCUCUACGUGAACUGCUAAUAAACGUAUACACUUUGCACGAGUUGUAUAGAAUUAGGCUUUUGUGUGUCCAGCUAAGAAAAAUACUUGCAACAUAUGGGAAAAUUCUUUUUAAUAACUAUUUGAGGAAAUUACCACAUACGAUAAUGUUGCAAGAUAAAUGAACGUUAACUGCUAUUACGAAAAUAAAGCAUUUCUCAUUAAUUUUGUAUCAGAAUAAGAAUGGUAAGGUUGUUAUUUGGAUUGAUGUCAGGAUUGAUUAUCAUAAAAUCACACUUCCUACAACGUAGCAUAAAAAUUUACAUUUACCCGAUUGUGAUGAGGUUUCAUAUGGAAUGUCAUAGAGUUUCAUGUAUUCUUUUAAUGGUAUUAUGCCUUCGUAACAAGAUAUGUCCGCAAAAUAUCCAACUGCAACUAAAUAUAAAAUUCACUCGUUAUAAUCUCUUUAAAGCUGUAAGUAACCACAAAUAUUUAAGAGAUGGAGAAUCGAAAACUCGCUUAAUUUCGUAACAAGAAAUUAUAGUAUCAUGAGUCAAGUAGAUAAUGUUGAUUUGGUCGGUAAAGUGAUCCUUAUAAUCGAAUUGAUGCAGUUUUAUAUGUCGUAUAAACAUCAAUUAAAAUUAACCAGAAGAAAAUAACUGAACAUACUGAUAGUGUUUCCUAGAAAGGAAGGAAAUCAUUUUCCAGCUGCGGUACACUCACGAACUUUAUACUUCCACCGCUCCUAAAAUCUGUAAACGACAACCUCUUUUCAUGUGCAAAUUGUUUUUCAAUAAAUGUCUUCAACCGAUCCAAUACUAAACUUCUAACUCAAUUAUAUUAGGCGCUUGUUGCAACAUUAUGCACAGCGUUUAGAAGUUUAAAUUAGUUUAUUUGGUUGCGUCAAUUUGGCUUCCUACAAUACGUUUGUUUAUUUGUAAUGAAUGAAUGGCUCUUAAUAUGUUCAUUUUACUUCUUUAAGGGGGAAAAUGUGGCCAUGUACAAUUAGAUGCCUUUCCUUUUAUCCCACAGCACUCUCGAAGCUUUGGCAAAACUAGCUUUGACCUGAUUCACCAAAGUUUGUUUGAGCAGUAUAAUCCAUAGGAUAUGAAAUGCGUAUUGUAAAAUCGAAUUAACUGCAAGUACAAUUGACAAUAUGUAUAUAUGUACACACUUUUGGAGUAAUUUUCAUGCUCCAGUGAUGAACAAACUACUGACCUUGAUAUGCGACUUUUGCACAUAAAUUGUUUCAAAAUAACCAACUUACCUUGUUGUGGAAUCAGCUCUGGGCGUACUUGACGAAUAUUAUUCAAUAUUCCAGUUAACUUCCGCUAAAAAUGUAAAAACUACGUGUUUUAAUUUUUUAGGAGUCGCAAAUGUCAUUAACAACGAUACCAUUCAUACUACUCAUAUAACCAAGAGUUUAGUGUUUGAUUUAGUUUAACCGACAAAUUUUAAAAUAUAACGUACUUCUCUUGCGACUACUUACGUUUACUUUAAACGUAACUAAAAAUACAGUCCUAUCACACUUCUAGGUUUACGCCAAUUAAUUUUUGUCUGGUUUAUAUUUGUGGUACUUCAUAUAGAGAUAUCUUAUUUUUCUUUUUGUAAAGGCUUAUCUACAUCUAACUAUCUUUACUUAGGUCUCUGAAACCAACACAAAACUUUCCUGCAUAGUUAAGCUCAAGUAUUUUAAAAUACCAAUGUGGGGUUGUGUCUUUAAGGACUCUUGAGUUCAGGUGGAACUAUGGCUUAGUGAUUGAACCACUGAGCUCCCAACCAGUAAGUGGUAGGUUCGAGCCCAAACCCACUUAAUUCAUUUUAGGUAGUUGAAUAGCAACAGCGCACACAAACAGUAUAGCACAUAUUCGAGUACACAAGCGUGUACUUGGCAGAUAGGCCACAACGGACCAGCUUCUUAUUUUUCAGUAAUCCGAGUGCCUUAAUCUAACAGAUAUUAUGAUGAAGUUUUAUCAUCUUGACAGUAAGUAAAAAUCAAUAGCAUUUCAUUCAUAUAAAGUUACGACGCUAAGUAAAGUUAGUCAUUUAGCAUCAUCCUGCAGCAAACAUAUAUGGUUUCACAACUCAUCCAUACUACGUAGAUAUUUUAUUUCGUAAACCCAACAAAAGAUUAGGACAGAGAAAUUAAUGAAUUUGCCACUGUAAAGAUACUGAUAGUUCCGUUUUAUACAUUUUGUGUGGACUCAAUAUACUCUUCAUGCCGUUAAUUGCAUUACGUUGAAAAAAUCUGGUUCAUUAUCACAUGUAAUCGAAAUCAAAAUAUAUGAACUGCUACCCCAUCAUCUAUUCAAGUUUGGAAAGGUACUGGGUUCGAGUCUUGGAGUGAACAUCAACUCGGAUGCAGGUAGAUUCAGCUGACGAGUUCUAAAUGAGACGAGACACGUGUCCUCAACUCCAGUACUAGCCAAUAUCCAUCUCUGCUUACAAUGCUUAUGGCGAUAUCGAGGCAAUCCGCACAGGAUGCACAUGUAACAAUAAGACUUAUUAAUUGCAGUUCUAAACAUCAGUGGGAACAUCCGAACAACCAAUACACAAAUGAACUACUACUUUUAAUAUUACUUACAUUGGUACAUACCUUGAAAUGACCAACAAUCUGACUCUUAGUUUU